AUGGGCUACGAACGAAGACGCUCAGGCCCUUUCCAUCCUCAAUCUUCCUCGAGCUUGUCGUCUUUCUCUCGUCGCGGUCGCUCUCCUCAACGGUCGCCCUCACCCCCAGCAUCCACCUAUUUUCCAUUACUAGCCUCGGAUCCGGACAAUGUACGACUACAGCCUGUCCCCGAUGCUGAAGCACACUUUUCCUACAGUACCACCCUCCGCAGACAUCAUCUAGAAGGGUCUGUUAUAUCGCCAUCCGAGCUGGCAUCGGCGGUGAAUGCAGAAGCGUCGAGUCUCUGGUCGCGCGUACUCGGUUGGAUCACUGGUCAACCACCGGAUAAUCACUUGGAAAGUGGAAGAGCUAUGCCCCGUCUGGAGCCGCCGAAGAAUACAUUGUCGUCGCAGUAUGCCCAUUGUUCUGUGGAGGAUACAAUAUCGCAUUACCGGACAUCCCUUACCGACGGCCUGCUGAAGGCGGAUAUUCCCAAUUUACUAGGGACACAUGGAUAUAAUGAGUUCUCUGUUGCUACCCCAGAACCCAUUCUUCUCAAAUUUGCCAAAACAAUAUACGAGAGUCCCCUCAUCCUGCUGCUAUGCGCAAGUGCAACCAUAAGCGCCAUAAUCGGCAACAUCGACGAUGCUGUCAGCAUUACCGUCGCUGUCCUCAUCGUACUCACGGUCGGCUUCGUGCAAGAACAGCGCUCAGAGAAGAGUCUCGAAGCAUUGAACAAGCUCGUUCCCCACCAUUGUCAUGUCAUUCGCGAGCGCGAAACACUGCACGUUCUAGCCAAUGAACUAGUUCCUGGUGACAUUGUCACUUUCUCAACAGGAGAUCGGAUUCCAGCAGACUUACGCGUGGUUUCUUGCGUAGAUGUAGAGAUUGAUGAAAGCAGCUUGACAGGCGAAACGGUGGCGCGACAGAAGAACACGGCAACCUGUGUGGGUCCCACUCCUGCUACUUUGGCAGAUAGAACAUGUAUCGCGUACAUGGGGACGUUGGUUAGGAACGGUCACGGGACGGGCGUCGUUAUUGCGACGGGAACAAAUACAGAGUUUGGCGCGAUUUUUACUAUGAUGCAAGAUGUAGAGGAAAAGCGCUCGCCGCUACAGUUGAGCAUGGACGAGCUUGCCCAGAAGCUUUCGAUGAUUUCUUUUGUCGUGAUCGGCGUUAUAUGUUUGAUUGGCGUGCUUCAGAGAAGGCCAUGGUUGGAUAUGUUCACCAUUGGAGUUUCUCUUGCCGUCGCUGCCAUUCCUGAAGGCCUUCCCAUCGUAACGACGGUCACGUUGGCACUUGGUGUUCAACGGAUGGCACACCGAAAAGCCAUCGUCAAGAAGCUUCAUUCUGUCGAAGCUCUGGGAUCGGUGUCGGUGAUAUGUUCCGAUAAGACGGGUACUCUGACGAAGAACGAGCAAACGGUCACCGAGGCGUACUCGGUUGACGAGGUCAUUCAUCUCAGUAACGAAGUCUCCCCCUCGCUACCUCCAGCUGUUCGCAUGGCGAUCGAUAUUGGCGCCCUGUGUAAUAAUGCCUCUCUAAGCCGGGACGAUGACAGGAAUUUCGUUGGGCAGUCUACUGACGUCGCAUUGUUAAACGUACUCUGUCAAGUCGGACUGCCUGACCGGAGAGCGACCUUCCAACGCCUCUCAGAAAAACCAUUCAACUCUGAGCAUAAAUACAUGGCAGUUAGUGGCAUUCAUCAUGACGCGUCGCCAUCGGGGAGGGAGAUCUGCUAUCUCAAAGGCUCAAUUGAAGCGGUCCUAGACCGGUGCAAAUUUUACUACGUCAAUGACGAAUCGACGCCUGCUUUGGAUCAGAAGGCUCGGAGUGUCAUACUGGGCAAGGCGAAAGCAACGGCAUCGAGAGGUUUACGAGUUGUGGCGAUGGCUUAUGGGUACGGCAGCGUUGACUUGACCACUUCAGCUGUGAAUGGCAAUGCAAUGCUCCCUUCAGCUCCCCCAACUCGUACAUCUUCUCCCGCCCCUGGAUCGUCAAAUAUGGUCUUUGCGGGUUUUCAAGCCAUGCUUGACCCUCCACGAAAAGGCGUAAGCGACUCGAUCGCGCUUCUACAAGCGGGAGGCGUCCAAGUGGUCAUGAUCACUGGCGACGCUGAGGAGACUGCACUCUCCAUAGCACGCAAGCUGGGUUUGAAAGUCAGCUCUGAGGGGAGUGGGUGUCUGACAGGCGCUGCUAUCGAUAGGAUGAGCAAGGAAAUGCUGAUGGAGAGAGUCGGAUAUGUGAGCGUCUUUGCGAGAACGACGCCGAGACAUAAGAUGGCGAUCGUAGAGGCGUUCCAAGCGAGAGGGAAGAUCGUAGCGAUGACAGGCGAUGGGGUCAAUGAUGCGCCUGCGUUGAAAAUAGCGGACAUCGGUGUUUCGAUGGGAAAGAGCGGGACUGACGUAGCAAAGGAGGCGGCAGAUGUGAUAUUGGUGGAUGAUAAUUUCAGUACGAUUUUGCCUGCUGUUGAGGAGGGCAAGUCAAUAUUCCAUAAUAUACAAAACUUCCUUUCAUUCCAGCUGAGCACGGCCGCAGCGGCGCUGACGCUAAUCACCCUCAGUACCAUGCUGGGGCUGAGCAAUCCGUUAAAUGCAAUGCAAAUCCUAUUUAUCAAUAUCCUCAUGGACGGCCCUCCGAGUCAGAGUCUGGGGGUUGAUCCCAUUGAUCCCGCAGUGAUGCGACGACCCCCCCGGAAAAAAGAUGCUUCGAUUAUAACGAAACGCGUCCUGUAUCGGGUCAUCUUCUCGGCUUCGAUCAUUGUGUUUGGCACGUUGUUCGUGUACAUUUUCGCUCUCGAGGAUGACAAGAUGUCUAGGAGGGAACAGACGAUGACGUUUACGGCCUUUGUCUUUCUGGACCUUGUUUCGGCCAUCCAAAACCGCGGUUUGGGAUGCGGGCUAACGCAGAACAAGAUGCUGCUGACGACGGUCAGCGUCUCAGCGAUAUCCCAGAUAGGGCUCGUAUACGUUCCUGUCAUGCAGUCUGUGUUCCAGACGGAGGGGCUGAGGAGAGGCGAUUUGGGCGUGAUACUAGGUUUAGCGGGUACGAGUAUGUUCUUGCAUGAAUGUAGACGACGGUGGGAGAGGAAAGGAAUAGAAGAGAGCGAGAGGUGGGGUAGAGUUGGGGAGAUGGUUUAG